UCGACGGCUUCUCACUUUCCCGCUUCCCAUAUUUUCGAAAAAGAGAACGGAAUUACAGAGAAACCAAAAUUUGCCUCUGAAAUGGAGAAGAGACUUCGCUCUUCUCUUCGAUCUUCAGCCGAAGAUUUCCUCUCCUCCGCCGGAAAACUCAAUCUCAGAUCGUCAAAAUCCACUCUCAAAACCUUAAUCCACGCCAUCCCCGCUUCUUCUCCCCUCUGCUCUUCUCUCCCUUCUUCCCUCCACCACUCAAUUUCCGACUCCAUUCUCUCUUUCCAGAACCUUCUAGAGAAUCCCCAACCUCCCUCCCCAGACCUCGCCAAGUCCCCUCCCUCCAAGCGCCUCCGCAGGUCCUCCCGGAAAAAUAAACCUAAUUCCCCAAAAAUUGAGUUCAAUGUGACCCGCGGUAAGCAAGAGACUCCCGAGAAACUCCAAAUUCUCGUUCAUGUCGUGUUUCUAUGUGUUUCGCAUCCCAAAAAGGCGUUUUCACCCUCGGAUUUGUUACCUGCAGUUCAAUCAUUGCACGAUAAUUUGGUUAUGUUCGAAUCGGAUCCCAACUUGUUAUUGGAAAUAGCGAGCUUGUGUGAAGUGUAUUGGAAGGAGACUUUACCAGGUCGAGAAAUGCUCAUUUCUCAGUCUCUUCCGUUUUUUGUUUCGAAGUCGCUUACUUCAAAAAGGAAACUGGAUGUUCAUAGGGUCUAUGCUCUGCGCGAGGCCUUCGCAUUGUUGGAUUUUGAAGAUGAGAGCAUAGAUGACUUGAAGUUGUUAUUGAUGCGAUGCGUCAUUGCGCCUCUGUAUUUGAAAACAGAGGAUGGGAGGCGGUUUCUAGCAUUUAUAUUCGGGUUGAGUAUGCAAUUACUGAAGGACGCAUUAGCAAUGAUAAGGUCGCAGAUUCCGUUCGGAAGAAAGUCAACUUCGGAGGCGUAUGGAGAGGUUUUAUUCAGGGCUUGGAAAUCAGCCCCAGGAGAAUUGAAGAAUGAGAUUGAGAAUGGGUUUUUGCAGGGCGUGAUUGAGGGCGCAAUUCACGCGAAUUCAGGAGUGCUUGGAGCUUCUAUUAGGAGGGUUUUGGGAGGGUUUAUUAGCCAAAGGAUUACUGAUGGAGUGGAGAAAUUGCUUUUUCGUCUUGCUGAGCCUGUUAUAUUCCGCUCGCUGCAGGUUGCAAAUUCAAAUGUUCGUCUUAAUACAUUGCAUUUACUUUUAGAUUUGUUCCCCCUUGAAGAUCCUGAUGCAACAAAAGAAGUUAAAGAUACAAUGCUUGACAGACAGUUCUUUUUGCUAGAGAGAUUGCUACUGGAUGAUUGUCCAAAUGUGAGAGUCGUUGCAGUAGAAGGUUGUUGCCGUGUUCUUAACUUAUUUUGGGAAAUCAUACCGCCAUCAAACAUUACAAAGAUACUCACAAAAAUUUGUGAUGAAAUGUCACAUGAUACAUGCAAUGAGGUUAGGCUCUCCACGUUGAAUGGACUUGUCUACUUGCUUGGAAAUCCACAAUCUCAUGAAAUUCUGAAAGUGCUUCUUCCAAGAUUAGGCCAUUUGAUGUUGGAUAAUGUCCUUUCUACUCGCGUUGCUAUUGCGGAUCUCCUCCUCUUUAUAAGAGAUAUUCAAACAUUCCAGUUUAACAAGAUUGUGGGUUUAGAUGUAUUAUUGUCAACACUUGCAAAUGAUCAACCUCAGGUUGCUCAAAAGAUAACAAGAUUGCUUAUACCAUCAUACUUUCCCUCAAAAGUAAGCACUGAAGAGGCAUGCAAUCGUUGUGUUACUCUUAUCAAAAGGUCUCCCUUGGCUGGGGCAAAGUUUUGUGAAUUUGCUGUGUCAGAAGGGGCAUCUCUCAAGUCCCUCAUGGAGCUAGUCAGAGCAUUGGUAAAUUUGGUUUUAUCACAUGAAAAGCUAGAUGCAGAUCAAAUUGAGGGUUUACUUGCUGCUGCUUCCUAUCUUUGCAACAGUCUAGUUGCUGAGCCAUGUUAUAAUGAUGCCCUUAAAGAGUUGUUUUCUGGUGGAAAAGCAAAGUGCAUGUUUGCUGUUGCAUCAACUGUGUGCGCUCAAUCAUCUGUACUCAACAUUUUUUCUGCUGUCUGUCCAGAGGAUAUAGCUAGCCUCAGUACAGAAUGUAUGCACCUCAUAACUAACUGUAGUGGAAUAUCUGAGAAUGCGGAAUUGCAAGCUGAAGUAAGGUCUGCCCACAAAUUGUUGCUGGCUUGUGAUGCUUUCAAUGAUAUGUUUGAGGCUCAAACAAAGCUUUUGCAAAAAACUGCCUAUCGUUGCCAUGUCAAAUUUGGGAUUGAACUGCCAAAGCAGAGAAUUUCCCCUGGAAGAAGGAAGAAAGGCGGCUCAGUCAAAAUUUCAGCUAAGUGGAAACAUGUUAGCGGAAAAACUGCAUCUGAUUUUGAGGACGAUUAUUCAAUUGCUGCAGGAAUAGGCUGGCAAAUAAAAGACUUUCUUGUUACUGAGGGCACACGGAAAGCUCUACUAGAGUCUCAAUCUCUAGAUCUUCCAUUUCUUGCUUUAAAGGUCAUCUCAGAGGUCAGCAUUUUGCAAUGUGUAUUCUGUGAAUACAUGGAAACUUCUCCUCUAUUGGCAUAUACCACUCUUGCGCUGCACAUGACUCUUCAAAAUAUAAACAUUAGAACCAACGAACAUUGUGCGAAGAAGAAUGAUAGAACUGACUCUUCAUCAAUUCCGGAGCGGACAUUGUUGGAUGACACAAUAGAUCACCUGCUUAACUGUACUGAAAAGCUGCUUGCAGCAGAUGAUGCUGUAAUGUCUGGCAAUUUACCUGCAGACUCAAAACAAGAUACCAAGAAGGUCAAUCAGGCAGCAAAGCAAAAGAAGCCUCAACCUGACGCCUCUGACUCAAAUUUUAAUGGAUCUCUUCGCGAUGAACAGAAGAUAAUGUCAAAUAAGCUGAAGAUGCUUACUGCAGUUCUCCGGUUCAUUGUAGAUUUCACUGCAAUGAGCUUUCUUUCUCAUCUUCAUAGAAGGUGCUUAAGUUUUACAUCGUCAUAUGUAAAACACGUCAUCUUUGUCUUGGGACGACAAUAUAUGGAAAGACUGCAAAUUAAGGAGGAUUAUUUGAAAGUCAGUAUUCUGUCUCUGAAGAGCUCUUUCAGCUAUGCAGCAAAGUUACUCAAUCUCAUACUUCAAGACACUACUGAAGCUUCACCACCUCCACCAGAAGCUUUUGAACUAGCCAAUGAUAUGCUUGACCUAAUCACCGCAAUUGAAAUCUACUUGGGCUCUAGUUUUGCUGCACAGCUUACUGCAGUUGCAAAGUCUUGGCUGCCUGAUUUGAUUCUUGCGUUGGGUUCAGGAACCAUACUCAAACAAACUCCAAUAGAAAGCACAUAUAUGAGAGCAUUAUCUCAAGUUAAGCUCCAUUGUCCAUCAUGGCCUUCAAUUUUAGCAAAGACUGAGCUCUUUGAAAUGAGUGAAGUAAACCCAGAUGAGGAUGAUCAUAAAAUUUCAGAACCAAAGGAAUUUCCUGUGUUUAGGAAAUUUAUAGAAAUGAUAAUUCUAGCGUUGAAAAGAAACCUUAACAUGCUGGAUGCUGUUGGAGUGAUUUUCUUGGCCCAUUCAGUUGUUGGCCUGGAAAGGAAGGACUUUGCAUUAGUAUUGGGGCUCCUACACUUUGUCUGUGUAAAGUUAGUAGGCCAAGAAGACAAAACUUGGAAUGAACUUGAUAUGAUGCUGAGUUCUCUGCCAAACAUUUACCCUCAGAUUGAGAGAGAAAUUGAGGAACAAAACAAUGAAGAUUCAAGGCAGAAAUUACUUAGUACCAGAGCAUUGCUUGAACCUGUUUGGUUGUACCAUAUUUAUGAAACUGGGAGGUUUACUGUGAUGGAAGAAUAGAUGGAAUUAUUUUUGUCUCACUUUGUUCCAACCUAAAAUUUUAUUCAAAUACUAUAGUAUUUAAUUUCGUAUCCA